UACACUAAAGAAAACGGAAACCCAAUGGCGGCCAUGCAUUGUAACGGUUACAAAUAAAAAAUGGAAUGAUCUGUAAUGGAAGGUGAGGCGCUUCAAUAAAAAAGAUAUACGGGAAAUGGAAGAGUCGUUUGGUUGCUCCAGUCUGCGUAUGAGAGCAUGCGGGAUGCUUUCAGAGCAGGGACAAAAAGCCUUAAGAGCGCCGCUGGGUUUUCUCUGUUUGAUACCUGCUAUGAUUUGUCAGGCCUCACCACAGUCAAGGUGCCGACGCUGGUCUUCCAUUUCGACAGGGGGGCCCAUUUGUCUGUGCCUGCAAACAACUAUCUCAUUCCUGUUGAUAGUUCGGGGGUUUUUUGCUUUGCAUUUGCAGGUACCAUGGGCAGCCUCUCCAUUAUUGGAAAUAUUCAGCAGCAGGGAUUCCGAGUGGCUUUUGACAUGCAAUUCAACCGUGUUGGGUUUGCUGCCGGCUCAUCCUCCUGAACAAUUUCAACUCUUAUCUAUCUUUUAUUAGUAGACCUAAUGAAGAAUGUGUUUUUGGGGAUCU